GUCGACAGGUGGAUCGCUGAAGGGAAAGUACCUUCUAAGUGGGGUUUCUGCUGGGAGCGCCGCACAAGUGUCAGCAGCAAGACUGACUUUCCAUUCCUGCCAAGGCUGCGGCCUCAGCCUUGUCCUGUCGGCUUGUGGCCUGUCAUGGCGGACACCACUUCUGAGGAAAAAAAGAAGAAACUUUCUCGUAAAGAACGCGAGCGGGAGCUGCGGGCGUUGACGUCGGACGGGCGGGGUUGCGGUUUUAAGAAAGACUUAGUCGCAGACAGGCACUUGGACGACCAAAGGUAUGAACGUGAGAUCGCGUUCAAGAAGCAGCAACAGGCUGCCGCUGCCGCUGCAAAACGCGGCAGUGGGGGCAAAGACAAGGCAGGCGCCGUGAUUCCAGGUGUGACGCUGGGGGCCCCACCACCUUCCGCGGCAUUCGACGCGUUGAUUCGGAUGGAAGCUGGCCUUGGACAACGGACCAUCCACGACAAUAUCAACGACCCCAACCGACCGAGCUGGGAGGAUUACAAGAAGGCGAAGGCCGAUAAACUCGACCUGGUGCCGAUGAACGGAAAAUGA